CGCGACACGUGGAAAAGAGUAGACAUCAUUUUGUUGUGUGUGCGCGAAAAAUUGAAUUUUGCUGUGUUCAAUUGAUGUUUGCAAAUGCUCGACGUAGAACUGAGAUUCUGUUUAUUUCUAUCACAUCUGAAGUACAUUUGAGAAUCGACAAUUCAAACUGUGCAUAAACUUGAAAAAUAAAAGGGAAGAAGAGAAUAAAACAAAAAACUAACUGUGAACUCGAAUAACCCAUUACAUAAAAAUCACGUGGAAGUGUGUGAGACAUUUGCGAAAUUGUUCACGAGCCAAAAACGGACAAUUGUUUGCCGAAGAAAGCGAUAAAACAAAAGUAAAAAAGAAUAAAGCUGACUCGAACGAAAUCCCAGAACGCUGUGCCAACAAUUAGAAACGGACUACAUCCAAUCGAGAAACGAUGUGAUGUGGAUUGAGUGUAAGACUUGGACUCAAAUUGGAACGGAUUUCUGACUAUUGAAAUAAGUGAUUCGCUGCAACAAAGUUGCCAGAUAAAAUCAAAGAGGAAGCAAUAGAUAAACUGAAAGAAGAAGAAGAAGGAGAGAAAUUGAAACGUCCAAGGAGGUCAUUAACAAUUUUGGCAUAAGUCGUUGCCAAGGUUAUUUAUUCGGCCAAUUGAACAAUUUCAGUACCAAAUAUAUCUAUACAUCGUUGUCACACAUCGGCACCGCUUGUGAAAAUCGCCCUGGCCGCGUGCUUUUAUGCUCUAUUUCGCGCCCUAAAGUUAUUUUUUUGUUUAGUUUUGUUUUUGAUUUUCGUUGUCCGUUCGGUUUCGAUUCGCUGACGAUUGGUGAAUGAAUAAUACAAGAGUGAAAUCGAUUUUAUCGUACGAAUGGCCUCAUGGUGGUGUCGACCGCGCAUACAUUGCAUCGAUAAUAUAGCAGCAACGUAUCGACGAGGAUAUUCACCAAAAGAACGCUAGCAAUCAGCUGAAAAACAGUCAACAACGCAAAAAUUAUAGCAACUCGUUCGUGUUUUUCGAUUUUCAAACGAGACCAUAACGCGACCGGUUUAGAAAUUAAGAGGACGACGCCAUGAGGCUUGUUUCCCAUUUUCGGGUGCUCGUUUUGGCCCACAUCAUCGCAAUUGUUGCGCCAACUGGAGAAGCCGAUUAUACGUUGGACGAUUCGUUCUGGAAUGACGAGAGCCCAGUUGGCGAAGUAGAGCGACUACUCAAAGAGUAUCGACAAAACCAGGAGCUGGUGCGACGCAUUGGCGGCCAUUAUUAUCAGAUUAUUUAUCCAGUGCAAUUGCGACAUCACGAAAAAAUGGGAAUAUCGACACGUGAAGUGGCUAAGGUACGAAUUGAUCGUUUACGAAAACGCAAUACAUUCGAUUCUACGUCACCGCAACGACCGUAUGAUGGCCAAGGUGGACGUAGUCGCAGUCGGACCGGAAAGCAUUUCCACCGCACCUCAUUACUCAUUAAGGCCUUUAAUCAUAAAUUUCGCUUAGACUUGGAAUUAAAUUCGCAACUUUUAUCGCCCAAUAUUCAACAAAAACAUUAUCUAGCCAACGGAUACGCCAUGGAUGGUGGUCGGCACGAUGUCGAACAUUGCUUCUAUCAUGGCACAGUUAAAGAUUACCCUGGUGCUAGUGCUGCCUUUCACACCUGCAACGGAGUUAGCGGUGUUAUUCACGUAGGAAAUGAAACUUUUGUUAUACAUCCAUUUUACGGAGGUGAUUUAUCGAAACAUCCGCACGUCAUUUUCGAAGCGCGAACCAAAGCGAAUAAGGGUUGUGCGAAUACGGGUGCAUUGGAGCGGCGAAUGGGUGUCAGACGACAAAAGCAUAUAGCUGGAUUUCAUGGUGAUCUAGGCAACGUUGAAGAACAACAUCCAAAUGGUGCUGGACGAUACAAGCGUGAUGUACGCGAAGCAACCAAAUACAUUGAAACUGCCAUUGUUGUCGAUAAGGCAAUGUUUGAAAAGCGCAACGGAAGCACACGUGCCGAAGUCGUUCACGAUGCUAUCCAAGUGGCCAACAUUGCCGAUUUGUAUUUUCGUACGUUGAAUACACGAGUGUCGGUUGUUUAUGUGGAGACAUGGGGUGGUGCCAAUCAAGCACAAAUUGAUGGCAACAAAGACAUCGGCAAAGCAAUUUCCAACUUUAAUGAUUAUACGUCACGUAAUUUAUUUAAAAUUGAUAAGGAUACGACGCAGCUGUUAACUGGCGAAACGUUUGCCGGAGGCGAAGCAGGCGUGGCUGUACCAGAGACAGUUUGCACAACGAAAGCGGUCGGCAUAAGUGUCGAUAUCAAUGUUUACGAACCACAUUUACUCGCUGGAACGAUGGCUCACAUGAUCGGCCACAAUGUUGGAAUGAGCCACGAUGAUGGACGCGAUGAGUGUGUUUGCCGUGAUUGGCACGGCUGUAUCAUGGCCCAAUCGAUUGUCGGUUUGGAAAAUGUUCAACCGUAUAAAUUUUCCGAAUGCAGCAAAAACGACUACAUCGACCUGCUACGAAUGUCACACGGUGGCUGCAUGAUGAACAAACCGAACGAGUUGGAAAUCGAGCGUCGAAAUUGCGGCAACAAGAUCGUUGAAGAAGACGAAGAAUGCGAUUGCGGCACAAGUGAGGAAUGCGAAAACGAUCCAUGUUGCGAUAGUAUAACUUGUAAGCUGAAGACAGAAGCCCAGUGUGCGACUGGAUUGUGCUGUGAUAAUUGCAAACUUCGUGAACGGGGCUAUGCUUGCCGUGAGGCCCAAAACGAUUGUGAUAUCCCGGAACAUUGUACGGGCGAUAGUGGAGAGUGUCCGAGGGAUGUGUUCAAGAAGAAUGGUAACAAAUGCAGUGAAGUGAAAUCGGCUCUUGGUGAAGUUAUGGGUGAAGGAUACUGUUUUAAUGGAGAAUGCCCAUCAUUGGACGGACAAUGCGAACGAAUUUGGGGUUAUGGUAGCGUGGCAGCCGAUCAACAAUGCUACGACCAAUUUAACACCAAAGGCUCCAUCAACGGACACUGUGGCAAGGACGCAAAUAGCGACUUCAAAAAAUGCGAACUUGAAAAUGUCAAGUGUGGCUCGUUGCAAUGUAAAGAUGGCACUCGCCAGCCACCACCUGGCUUCGAUCAAAUGAGCUCAAAAACAAUCAUAUCAAUCAAAGGUGCCGAGUAUGAGUGCAAAACGACAAGUGGAUCAACAACAUCGCCUGAAUUUACUGAGCAUGGUUUGGUGCGCGAUGGAUCGCCUUGCGGCAAAAACUUGAUCUGCGUAAAUCAAACAUGUGUUAGUCUGUUUCCAUACAUCGACCAAACGAAAUGCCCGGCCAACAGCAACAACGUCGAAUGCUCCGGUCAAGGAGUUUGCACAAACAUGAAUCGAUGCUAUUGUGAUAUUGGUUUCGCCGGACCGGACUGUGCCAUCGUCGUACCUAUAACCACAUCAGUGCCAAUCGAACCCGCAUCUACGGCUGACAACAGCAUCAAAAUGGAGAGAAAAGAAACGCCAUAUGAAAACUAUCAUGGUUCGAAUACAAUGUUUCUGGUCGGUGUCUUAAUGUCGGUCGUUGGAUUCGUUUUCGUAACAUUCACGCUAAUGGCUUUGUGCUACCGAUCAGUGGUUGUCCAUCGUAACUUCACACUGUGUCUAAGAAGAAAAACCAACCGAACCAAGUAUGAUCCACCAUACACAAAAAAACCAAUCAUCAAAGGCGCUGGCAACUCCAAUCAUGUCUCGGUUGAAGAGGUCUCUUUGGAUGGAUCAAAUAAACUAAUUACAUACGGAAACCAAUUUAGAGAUCACAAGCUGCAGGCGAUUCGUCGGUCGAAUAUCGAGGAGGACAAUACCCAUUCGGAAAAGGGCAUUCUGAAGAAGCAUGCAUACAGCGGAAUCAUGUUGAAUGAGCACAACAAGGAGAAGUGGUCAGAGGAUCAUCGCCAGAGUGGUGAUAAUUUGGAGUUGAUUCCACAGCAAGGUGAGACUCAAGAUGGGGAAGAGCAAAAAGGGCCUGGAUUUGAGCGUACGGCCAAAGCUCUUGAGGGUUAUCACGAAGAUAUCUUAUUUAUGAUACAAAACGCACAAUCUUCUUCGCAACGCGGAACAGGAGCGGGCAAUACUCCAUCGGGCAGCGGCAGUAUAAGCGAAGAACUACUACGAAAAGCAUUACAAGAAUGCAGUGCGGCUGCUUUGAACUAUGGCGAAUACAAGCGUGGCGGUUCAAAGUCGAGUUCGAAAGAAAAUAUUUGCGAUAGCAUGCAACCACACUCAAUUAUGGUGGAGAAUGGGCCGUCAACGUCAAUGAUGCAUUCGCAACACAGGCCGCACGCCAUGCAUCAACAGCACAUGCAACAGGCGCAACAGCAGGCUGACGACGAUGUAGCUACGUCAACCGGUGGUCAAUUACGUAUAAGAAACAUAGAAGACCUUAUUAGACAAUUAGAACAUCAUUCAACUAGACAUAUGAGUCCAAGCGGUUCAGAAGAUAUACGAAUGUCGGAGAAUGAAGCAGACCGGCACUAUAGAUUAGAUAGUUCAGCUUGCAGUGAGUCCUCACAAGGUUCAAACCAACAAUUAGCUCAGCAACAGAAAACUGCCACAAUCAUGUCAUCAUACAAUUCUAGAUGUAGGCCGCGAUCGGAGGAUGAAAAUCGUUUCGUGUAUGGAAGGUAUAGACAUCCGACGCAAAAUCGACAUCCAAUGCACCAGCCACACUCGCCUCAUUCGACGCACUCAUUCGGCCAUCAUUCGCAUCAUAGCCACACGCACGGCCAUGUAUCGCACGGAGCACAUUCAUCGCAUCAUUCAUCUCAUACGCAUUUGCAUCAGGACGAAGAGGGUAUUUACGAAAGUGCCGAUCAUCAUGAUCGUUCAAUGGUUGAUCCACGUGUCAACCGUGAAACUCCAGAUAGCGAAAGUGAUGACUUUAUUCAAGCUCAACAACCAAUAGCGCGAUGGGCGAGUGAAGAUGUCGUCUCCGUGGUGCUGGAAAUACCCGAUUCAACACAGUCCAUUUCUAUAAAAACGCCACAUCAAACAGCACCCUCAGUCUCAUUGGCAACAGCACAAUCGGUCAUCACUACCGGCAUCAACGACUCGUCGCUUCAAAUUCAGCAACUCCAACACUACCAAGACGCAGCCGAUACUAUUACAUCAACGGCGAUUAUGAGCGAUUCACCAAUGGGUUCGGUCGUGCCCAUUCAAGUGAUGACUGGAAAUGGAAUAAAUGUCGGGCACAGAUACUACCCAUCGCCACCAUCAACGGAGACAGAAACAAGCAGUGGAAGUGUUCAACCAAUUCACUUAACGCAAACAGCAACACAGCAACAACAACAUUUAUCGAACCAUCGACACGUCCGUAUCGAUCAAGAUUCCGACGACGCACAAUCAAUGGGGACAUCAGGCUAUCCGGAAUAUAAACACUGAUAGUUAAUUGUGCGCCAUCUCAUAUAUUCGUCAUUCACAUUUGUUUAAACUCACAAUUAUGUAGCUCAAUUGAUGAACUCAUAUCCAUAAAAGCAAGAAAAUGAAAUCGUUUGUUAAGAGCAUUCGUUUCGAAUAAUAAUCGUGAUUGUGAUUCAUUUCGAAGGUUUUUGUUGUCUGUAGUGUAAGCAUUUAGGGAUAGUUAAACACUGAACAGUUUUCACAUUUCUUUAUUUUUCAAGCAACAACCGAAAUGAAAAAAGGUUAUAAGGAAACACUGGAUAUCCAUUUACUUUAAAUUUAUAUAGAAUUUUUGUAUAUACACCAAAAUAAUUUCGACAUCGAAAACAAUCUUAACUACGACUUAAAGUCGUGAGCGUACAUGUGAAAAACCAGAAUAUUGGAAAUUUUGAAAAAACAGAGUUUUGAUGCGUUCAAUCGAUUGCAUAAUAUAAUAGCAUUUAUAUUUGUACAGACGAUGAAUUAACAGAUGUUGAAUCAAAAUCAUAAAAAUGACUUCGAUGAAACUACGUGACUAAAGCGACAAAUUAUCCUGUGUCAAUGUUAAAAUCAAAACAGUAUGCAUUAAAAAUGAACGAAAACCAAAUGAGGACAUAAUGAAUAAUUUAUUUAGAGAGAUGAAAAACCAACGGUACGCUUUAUCAAUAGUACAUAGAAUGUAUAGAAAAAUAACUGAGAAUAGAUAUUUUAAAAUUAAUUAGCUAAAAAAAAAAGAAACAAAAGUUCGAUCGAAGAGACGUAUAAUGUCGACAAUGAUUCUAAAUCUAUUCAACUGAAUGAUUAUCGGUUCUUGUGAAAUAAAGUUGCAGAUUUUUCAUGCGACAACAAGCAGAAGUAGAUGAAGAAGAAGCUCACGGUUUGUGUCGGAAAAAAAUUCGAAUAAAAGUUAUGAGAUUGAAUGUACAUUUUAACUAAAUACUCCGGAAUAAAAUUGAUGCGGCAAUCCAUCGACACGAACUAAUUAAACGCGUACCUAUGAAGUCGAUUGCACAUGGGACGACAUUUGAAAAUCCGAUUAAAAAACGGCACACAAACUGAACUAAAUGAUGUUUCGUUGAACAUAUUUUACACAUACCGAUAGAAAA